AAACGCGAGGUGUUAUAUCUUCAGUCAAUACUGCUCCAGUUAGGUGUGGAAUAUGUGCAAGUGCUCAUGCUACAGAAGAAUAUGAUUUGAUGAGAGCACCUGAAACUGCUGAACUGAAUCUUCCUCCACCAGUACAACAACAGCCCCCACCACAAGGUAACACCUCAGAGUGGGAGAAAGCCUUUGCACAGCUAUCCAAGACCACCUUAGACUAUAUUCAAAAUGAAAAUGCCUUAAGAGAUGAAAAAAGAGCUUCAUUCCGGAACCAAGAAGCUUAUAUCAGGAAUUUGGAAACUCAGAUUGGCCAAUUGUCAAUGCAAUUUGCUGAGAGAGCUAAGUGUACCUUCCCGGGAGACACUGUCAUUAAUCCUAGAGAGCACUGUAAUGCAAUUACCAAAAGAAGUGGGACAAUGAUUCAGCCUAUAGAGAAGCAACCCGAAGAAACUGAGAGAGAUGUGGAGGUAUCAGUUGAAGAAAAGAAUAAAGAAAAGGCAAAGGAUAUUAUUGAAGUUUAUAAGAGCAAUCCUGAAAAAGUUGAAAGGAAACUGUUUAAGUGGGAGAAGAAGAAAGCUUUAGAAAGGCAAGACAAGCCCUUAAAUCUCUCCCCAUAUGCUCGAAUUUCUUAUCCUCAGAGAUUAAAGAAAGAGAUUCAGAAGCAGCAGUAUUCAAAGUUUCUAGACAUAUUCAGGAGGUUGCAGAUCAACAUUCAUUUUGCUGAAACUUUAGAGAACAUGCUCAACUAUGCAGGAUUCAUGAAGGAUAUGUUAUCAAGGAAGCGUAAGUUGCGGGAAUGUGAGACGGUGAAUCGGACGGAGGAAUGUAAUGUUAUCAUCCAAAAGAAGUUACCCACCAAAGUCAAGGAUCUAGGGAGCUUCAGCAUUCCAUGCACUAUAGGAAAAGUGGAAGUGGACAACGUCUUAUGUGAUCUUGGAGCUAGCAUCAAUGUCAUGCCACUCUCUAUGAUAAAGAAACUGGGGAUUACUGAAGUGAAGCCCACAAGAACAAUAGUACAAUUGGCUGACCGCUCUUCAAAGCAAGCUUAUGGCAUCAUUGAGGAUAUAUUGGUUAAGGUUGACAAGUUCAUCAUUCCUGUUGAUUUUGUCAUCCUUGACAUUGAAGAAGAUGCCACUAUUCCUAUGAUUUUUGGAAGACCCUUCUUGGCAACCUUAGGAGCACUGAUUGAUAUACUUAAAAGUGAGCUGAUCUUACAGGUAGAUUAA